GCUACAUAAUUGUAUUGCGAUUGAUUUCUGGAAACCCAACUGUUCAACAUAAUCAAAUACGCGGAAAUCUCAUGUCUAUUUUCGUUUCGAUAUAUAGUAGCUGAUGUGCGUUUGUUGUGCUAUCAAACGCUGUCAAUAUAUCAUAUAAAGCUUGUUAAUGAAUUCAGGAUUAAACUGAAGUGGAUACUUAGUGAAUUAACCCUCCUCCUUUGUUAGAGUCAAUUUCACCUGCUUCAAAUCCCAAUUCUGUCUCAUAAGAAAGAUGUCUGAAAAUAAAAAGGUAGAGGUAAUAACUGACGUCAGCAGGUGUCGUGACGUCGUCAGGGAGCUCGAGAAAUGUGACGUCAUCGCAGUUGACGCUGAAGGAGUCCAGUUGGGUAAGGAUGGCCCCCUGACACUGCUGCAGGUCGGAACGCUCGAUCACGCAGUCUACUUGUUUGACAUCCAUACCAACAAAGAUCUCUUCAUCCAAGGGAAGCUUCAGGAUAUACUGACUUCAACAAAAACCGAGAAGGUGAUCCAUUCCUGUUCUGAUCACAGUGCUGCCCUGUACCAUCAGUUUAACAUCCGACUCCGGAACGUUUUUGACACACAGGUAGCAAACCUGGUGAUACAGGAGAGCGAGGGAAGAGAACUUGCUUCUUUGCUGAACCUCGAGGAGAUAUGUAAGAAGUAUUCGUCGGUUGCCAAAGUCGAAGAUCAAAACGAUGCAAUAAAGGAUUUGUGCCUAAGAGAGAUUGGCGAUUACUGGGCAAGACGUCCACUAUUUGAUGAAAUGGUUGAUUAUGCGGCUGAUGACGUCACAGCCAUUGUACCAGAAGUGUACUACACAAUGAAAAGACACAUAGAAGAGCGCGGUUUAGUAGAUACAUUCAACAAGCGCGUGGAAGAAGACAUUCUUUUCCUUAUCGAUGAGACGAUGAAAGUGCAGAGAAAGACAAGGGUUGACGAAAAAGUAGGUCGUAUUGUGAACGCGAUCGACUCAAAAUAUUCACCUGAUUUCAAAUUUAAAGACAUAGAAGAUGAAGAUGUAAAAAUGGCUAUUCAGAGACUUCGCAUGAACGAUGUUGAAAAGUUCCCUCCCCUUGUAAAACGACUCAAAAAAGAGUCUAUUGAACAAGAUCUCGAUAGCGUAGAGGAGAGCAUGGCUUCCGAGAACGGUUUGUUUUAUAUAAUGAACGGACAGUGCGACAGCUCUCUUAGGACCGCAUACAACUGUAAGGACCCGGUUAUUCGAGACAGAACGAAAGAGUUACAAGAUCGUGUUGUCCAAAUAACACUGGACCACAUCGCUAAGAAAUACAGCGUCACAUCUCCAGCGACGCAUCUGUCCCGGCAUGAGAAAGAUGUCAUGUUUUGGCUUAGACCAUCUCCGUCAGGAGAAGAGGACCCGCGCUUCAAUAAGGUCGUGAUAUCUUUAUAUUGGAAGCAGAUGGAGGCAGAACUUGACUCCACUAUUCAAAAGUUUGAGCAGAAAACUUUCGAAUUUGCCAUGCGUGAGGGCUACUACAGGAGAAUCAAGUUUUACAUGAACAAGCGCACUCCAGUUCCGCGUUCAAUCAAAACGAAAGCAAUCAACUUAAUCAGAAAGCUCGACCAGACGUUUGGAAGAGGUGUAGUUCCCGGAAGUGGUGAUGAUGGAAGUUAAAAUCGAGGUACAAGUUCAUUCUUAACAAUGCUUGUGAAAUCGGAACUUACGCAUACAUGUUCAUUGUUCAGAAAUAUUAAGAUGAGUCAGUGCCUUAUUUACAACGGUAGUAUUUCAGUUAGAUCAUUUAACAUCGUUAAUUUACAAAACUAUAUAUAAUCCACUAUUUAUACACCAUAGCCCAGCUUUUCAAAUUGGACAUAAUUUCAACAUGCUUUCUGUUAUGUUUUUCACUAUGAUAUGUAUCUAAAUUGUAGCCAAAAAUGAUAAUCUGUUUAAUACUUGAGUAAAACGUAGUUUAGAAAUUAGAUAUAUAUAAGACUAAGUACAUUUCAAUAGUAAUUUGCCAAAUAUGAAAAGCAGCCAUAUCAUUAAAAGAAAUGGCUCAAUAAGGGUUAAACGCAUUCCCAGAUAGAAAAUAUUGGCUAAACUAAAACCAAACAUUACAUAAAUAUUUGUUUGAUUCGAACGUGUUGUUUGGUCAGGUACGUGCAUGUAUUUAAUUCCAUGAAUGCACGUACCUGACCAAUGUUGUUAGUCUACAAAAUUACACUAGUUUAUAAAGUGUACAGUAUUAUGAAAUACCUUUACGGACAAGAUGGCGGCAUGUUUACUUUCGUUACGGCAAGUGGGUCAACUGCCAAACAUAAUAAAUCGAAUUCAGAAAUUAAAAUAAUUAAAUACAACUUACUAAGUACGUUGUGAGAUGUCCAUUCAGUCGAAUGCCACUCAAUUAUCUCCGAAGAAUAGAUCGGUACAGCAUUAAACAUAGUCUUGAUUUAUCUUUUCCCAGAUGUUCCCGAUUUCAAGAAAAAGACUAUCUCGGCUAGCGAUCAUCCUAACACGUUGUUCUAGCUUACUUUUUUCUAAUACCCACAUAUUUUGGAUUAUAUUAUUAUCUGGGCUGGCUAACUUGUUGUCGUUAUUCCGUAUCUUUGAAUAAAAUCCUUGGUAGCUCGUGCACGGUGGGCAGCGACAAGUCUGUCCAGAUUGUCUUCAAAAAUAUCCGGGUGCCAACUCCGUGUUAUUUUAUGCAUCUCCAUUACAUGACUUCGUAACAUGGUUUGCAUGGACGUGGCGCCAAUGAUUCAGGCCUCCAGCCUUCGCCCCUUUUCCGCAAAACAUACGCACGGGAAAAGUGUACUACAAUUAUUUUAUACUCAUCCGAAAAUAUUACUUUUUCCAGAAAUUAUCUUUUGUCGGUCUUCUUUUUUCUCGGCACCAUGACCAGGCCCGAAGAAGAUUGUAACAGCUUUUAACCAAUGUUGACGUUUGGUCCCGGACUGCCACUUUAAGUUGACCUUUGAUCUCAUUACUGUACUUAAGAAAACCUUCAGGGACUAUAAAGUCGGCAUCAGUUCCGCGCUAUCACAAGGAGACAAACACGAUUUUAUGGCAGUCUCCUAAAACACGCACGCAUACACUGCACGCAUACACUGCACUCAUGCAUCUUUCACAAUUGGGAGGCCGUCCUAAAAAGAACAUAUUUGUAGAUAGGAGCUUAAAUAAUACUAAACCAAACCAAACCAGUCGCUUCAACUUUAUGAAGUCCCGAGCUGUCACCGCUGACUUCCGACCACUUCGACGUGGAAUGUUUUCUCAAGAACAUCGCUGUUCAAUUAGUGUUUCCAGACUCCCGAUUGUUUAUUCGGUAUACCAAGUCAUUCUGAAACAUAACGUAUAGUUUUUCCCGUAUUUCCCAAGCUAGUUCUUUUACCUCAGAGCUCAACAUGCUUCUAUACCGACCCAUUUUAGUUUAGUUGUUAAAAUGUGUAAACAAAGCAGAAAACAACAAAAUCACAUGAGCAGCCAAUAAUAACGUCAAACACAGACGUCUUUAUAAAGCACAUUAUUUAUACGCAAACAUUUGUUGCAACGUAAACAAGCCGCAAUCUGGUCCGAAUAUUGCAAAAUGUAUAACGGCAAUGUGUAUCUGUGAUUGUAUCUACAAAAAGACUGUGAUAUAGUUAAUACCAAAUCAGAUUGUGAAUGUUAAGGUUUUUUUGUUAUUAAUAAAUCAUCGAAUUUGGAUUAU